GAUUUUGCUAUUCAUCUUCCUCCCGACAAGCCCCUCCAAGCCGCCAGCACCAGCCUUUGAGAAACCGUUAAGAAGCUUGAUUUUAUCCUUCUUUUCUUGUUCAAGAACAAGAUUUAAGUUUGGAAACUUUCCCCCCUAUGCAGAAUCCCGGAUCUGCUCUGCUCCUUCCUUCCUCACCGCUGGUUGCUCUUGAUUGUGGGUGCAAAUUUCUGGGCUUUUUCGUCGUGAGUCCCCUGCAGAUCCCAUCGGCUCUUCCCCAAACCCGCCAGCUCCAGCCUUGCUUGCUGGGAAAAUUCUGGUAUGUUGACAGCUUCCUUAAGUCCAAUUUCACCCAUUUAAUUGCUGAAAUCAUCCAUGUAAUUGCUGCCCCUGUACUGUUCAAAUUCUGCCGAAAUAAGGGAAGAAAUUAGCAGCCUUUAAACGUGUUUUUGUUGGGCUUAGUUCAUGUAGAAAUAAACCUGUUUUGGCUUGAAAUUUAGCUGCUGUUCUGCGUGAAAAUCCUGCUGUUUUGCCAAAGAUUUUACUGUUCACGCGUACCAGUUACUAUUCACGCAGAAAAUUCUGCAAUUUGCUACUGUUUUCUGCUCCUUUGCAGUCCGUUUCUGCUCUAAAAAAUCGGAUGAAAUAUCCAUUUUUCUGGUCUUUUAGCUGGCUGUAGUUGAAUUCCGGAAAUAUCGGUUACUGUUUACGGGUACUGUUCAUAAGCACUGUUUAUGAUACUGUUCACGAGUGCUGUUUACGGGUACUGUUCACAGAUAUUGUUCACACACUAAUGGUCAACAAUUAACGAAGAUUUAAAUGUUUAGUUUAUAAUAUAAGAACAAAUUUGAAGAGGUCUGGUCAUGUAGAGAUUGAUAGGAAUAGCAUCGUGAUUAGGGGGUAGUCAUGGUGAUUUUACUUUUGAAUCCGUGGUACGAUAAUUAAUUCUUGAAUAUUUUGAUUAGGUUCCUGAUCGUUUUGUCAGUUUAGUACUGAAAUUCAAUCUUCGAUUUAUGUGAUUGAGGUAAGUAAAUUUAUGGUAAUACCCGUAUAGUUUUUAAAAGCAUGUUUUGACUUCUUUUUAAAGUGGUGGCGGCACUAAACCCGUUUUAUGCAAAAGUAAGUAUGAUUGAUUUGAAGUGAAAUUUUAUGUUUUUCAUUAAAUUGAGCAUGCCUACUUGAAAUUUAAUUGAUUGUCCUGAUGAUUUGAAAGUGAUUGGUGAAUUAUGAUUUUUCUGUUAACUUCUGCUUGUUUUGUCUCCGAUGUGGUUAUGUUAUUAAUGAUCCUGCUAGUGAGGUUUAAACGCU